UGAUGUGACCUGUGCUCAUAUAGAGUUGAGCUGUCCUGCAGUGAGCAUCUGUAUAUGAUGAGGAGUUUUCAGUCUUCAUAUUUCCAACUCCUGUAUCUUCUAAUAGCAGCUUUAUUAGAAUGUAAAGCUCAAACGGAGAGACACCGCAAGCUGAGUGUUGAUCAGUUGAACAUAAACUGUGUUCAGGGUGACAGCAUGACUAUUUCUUGCCUGACCACAAUCCACCCGCUGGAGUCUCUGACAGUCAAACUACACAAGAAAAACCAAGAUAAAGUCAUCCUGAUAAAUCCAGACAUCUCUCCAGCAUCAGAGCACCAGAGAUGGUCUGUGAGGAAAGAUGCUGGAAACGUUACACUUCAUCUGAAAGACAUCAGAUCGUCUGAUGAUGGCUUUUAUGACUGUCAGGUCUACAAGGAUCAGGACUGCCUUAAUUCAACUCAAUUUAACCUGAGUAUUAUAAAGUGUAAAAUGUUGAACGCUGUUCAUGCAACGCUUAACUCUUCAGUGUUACUGCCAUGCUCUGAACAUCCUCUACAAAACAUAACUGAUCGAGUUACUUGGAAAAUCGUUAAGGAUCACCAAUCAACAGAAAUAACCCAAUAUCGUCUAUACAACCCAUUAAACACUAAACACUCAAAGCCUUUGUAUGAGAGAGCGAGACAACUAGUGAACGGAUCUCUGCUUAUAAGGAAUGCAGUCCGCACUGAUGAAUCGUGGUAUCGGUGCAGAGUGAAUGAAAAAACCUGCUAUGAGAUGAAGCUGGUUAUGAAAGAUUAUGAGACACCUUGUACGAAAACACUUUCCACAACAUUGUUAGCCACAGCCUCUGCUGACAGUCCUUUUGGCCAGACUGAAAGCAACACUGAGCCCAAGAGUGCAACAGUGACAAAUAUUCUGACAAUAGUAGUGAUGACCACAAUAGUGUCUCUGUGUCUCUUAAUAUCACUGACCGUCUGUAUCAUUCUGUAUUUCAAAAAACGAAGAUGCAAAUCCAACAGCCAAACUCAGCUAAAUGUAUAUUACUCCUAUGUUGCAGAUGGGUUUGAUGUACCAUUGCAUUCUUUAACUGGACAAAACACAGCAACAAUGACCACCUUUGGUGCUGAACAAUCAGAAGCUCCUGCAUUUAAACCAGAUGACAUGAUUUACACAAGCUCCAGUCUGGAUCCAGAACACCUGAGAAGAGAUGAUGCCUACCCCUCAGAGGACCUCAGAGGAACCCUGAAACAACAUACAGGACUACCAAAUGUUGCUAUAAAUUUGAUUGCAUCAUAUAAUAAUUGCUGUUAACAGUGUUCAUCGUCUGUUUGAUUACGUCUUUAAUUAAUUUUUUCCAUACAUUUAUGCCAUAUGUAAACUGACAGUCACCACUG